AUGAGUGGUAUACUCAUAUUGCUCAUACUUUUUGUCGUCAUAUAUGGACUUGGUUAUUUUAUUUAUAAAAGUUAUUUCUAUUUUCCACCGAUUGAAAAAAAUCGAUUAAGAAAUAAACGUGUAAUAAUAACUGGAGCAUCGCGUGGUAUAGGUGAAGAAUUAGCUUAUGAAUAUGCACGUUAUAAUUGUCGUCUUAUAUUAGCUGCACGUAGUAUUGAUAUAUUAAAAAAUCAAAUUGCUAAAAAAUGUCUUUCACUGGGUGCAAUACAAGUUGAAUGUAUUCAAUUUGAUGCAUCAAGUGAACUUGCAUGUAUUGAACUAAUUAAUAAAACAAUUGAAUAUUAUCAAGGUAUUGAUAUACUUGUACUUAAUCAUAAUGUAACAAUUUAUGAACCAUUUUUUAAACGUGAUAUUAAAACAAAUAUUGAAAAUAUGAAAAAAUUGUUUGAUGUAAAUUUUUUUGGAUAUUUUCAAACGACGAUGGCAGCUCUUCCUCAUUUAGCUCAAAAUGGAACAUAUGAACAACCAUCUCAAAUAAUUGCAUUGUCAUCAUUAGCUGGUGCUUGUCCAUUACCUCAAACAAUUAUAUAUGGUACAACAAAACAUGCUAUUCAAGGUUUCUUUUUGAAUCUUGCUUGUGAACUUCGUAUGUCUGAAUCAUAUCGAAAUCGUGUUACAGCAACUGUAGCUAUUCUUGGAUUAAUUGCUACUGAAUCUGCACUUAGUAUAGUUGACAGAAGUAUUCAUUUUUUAGCAGUUGAUGUACGUAAAACUGCUCAAGCAAUUAUAGCUGCUGGUGUUUAUGGACAAACUCGUUUUUUUUAUCCAUGUUUUAUUGCAAUUAUUCCAUCUCUUUAUUACAUAUUCUCUCCUUUAUAUGAGCUUUUAGCCCGCUUAAGCCAUUGA